AUGGCGUCGCAGGAGGUGCUAAGCCUAACAGAACGAAGCCGGAACAUGACAGUGCAGGACAGCCAACCAGUGCAUCAACGAAAUGCUUCCGCUGCGGAGGAGUUCACGUACCGGACGACUGUCCGUUUCGACACGCAGUAUGCCAUUACUGCAAACAACGGGGCCACAUCGAAAGUUUGCCAGAAGAAAGCUAAGGCGAGACGUUCGCCGACGACGCAAAAAUCUUCAAGCGGGAGACCAGACGGCCACCGUCGUGGUCGAGGAGCCGACGUUUACGGCGUUUUCCAAAUAACAGCUGAAGAACCAACGGUCCGCGUGUCGGUAGAAGUCAAUGGACAGCCUCUUGAAAUGGAGGUGGACUCAGGAGCACCAACAGGAGUUGAGGGUAUUGGGUUCCACUAUACCGUUAAUGUUUGCUACAAGGGUCGUCAAGAGCGACUGCGCUUGGUGGUCGUCAAGGGAGCCGGUGUGAGUCUACUUGGCAGGGAUUGGUUCAAGGCCCUGGGAAUUGAGGUGAAGAUCCAUCGACUGGAUGCCGGUGUCAAGAACCUAGGCUCUUCAACAACGCCGGUGCUGCGUAAAUACGCAAAGGUCUUCCAACCAGGAUUGGGAAAGAGCAAGGGACCGCCAGUGAGGGUAGAAGUGGAACCUACCGCCCAGCCAAAGUUUUACAAGCGUUAUAUGGAGGAACUGUUGCAAGGCCUCGAUGGAGUGCAGGUUUACCUUGACGACAUACUGGUAGGCGGCAAGAAUGAGGAAGAACACAACACCCGGCUUGAAGCUGUACUGCGAAGGAUCCUUGAGGAUGGUGUCCGCUUAAACAAGGACAAGUGCCUGUUUGGUGUAAAGGAAGUCGUUUUUUUGGGACACAAGAUCAGAGCCGGCGGAAUCCAGCCAACUGAUGACAAAGUGAAGGCUAUCCAUGAUGCACCUGCCCCAAAUUCCAAGAUGGAACUACAGGCCUUCCUCGGAGCACUGAACUUUUACAACAGGUUUUUGCGAGGAGCAGCACAUACCUUGGAGCCACUGUAUCGAUUGCUUGACGCGCAGAGCAAGUGGAAAUGGACAGGGCGAGAGGCGACAGCCUUCCAACAAGCCAAGCAGUUGUUACAGUCAUCGGACAUCCUUGUGCACUAUGAUGUCCAGAAGGCUUUAGUCAUGGCCUGUGAUGCGUCUCCGUAUGGCCUUGGAGUGGUAUUAAGUCACGUCGAAGCUGAUCCCAGUAAACCACAAACGUCUGUUAGACAUACCAGAAAGAUCCAAACGUCUAAGACAUUUGGGAUGUCUACCCACAGAACCAGUAACCGCCCAUCAACAUCCAGCGAACGUCGGGUUGUGGAUGUUGGGUACGUCUCGCGAACGUACACAUUUGCUCCCGGCUACGUUUUAACUACGCCCGUACUACCGUGCUAA